AUGACCUUAAUAUUGGCUGAAGAUCUGAGGGAGUUCGGAGACGGCGUGAUCUAUGACAUCCGUGUUAAGCUUCUGCAGGAGCCUCAAUCCAUUCAGUUUUCCUUAACUCUAUGUAUUUAUUUCCUGAUAUUUUCAGAUCCUGUCUUAGGCAUAAUUUUACCGUUCGCGAUUCUCAUCUGGUGUUGUUGUUGCAAACAUCGAAAAGCUGAGAGAUUUCUUACGGAGGAGCGGGAGUCCGGGAGGCUUCCUUCCAGGUCGCAUACGACUUCUGCGGAGUCCAUCAGGAAGCCGACACUCGAUCUCCAUGGACAUACGGUAAAGGACGCCAUAGAAAUGACGAAAAUCUUUCUCGCAAGUCACAGAUGUGAGAGGGUGCGAAUCAUCACCGGGCGAGGGAAUCACAACCCGGACGGCUUGGCUCCAAUCAAAAGUAAAGUUAUGAAGUUACUACACAACAGGGAACUCAGCUACUACUAUGAAAAUGAUGGCUGCCUCGUGGUCGAUGCUUGAUGAGAGUUCAACGUAAAGGAGACAAAGGCUGGAGUUAUUAAUGUCGUUUGAUUUGUUUGUUUGUAGUAACUUACCUUAGUGAUUUUCAUUUUGAGCUCCGCCAGGGAGGUUGUGUUUUCGGUCGUAUUGGUUAGUUUUUUGUGUUAGUUGAUUAGCAGGAUAAUUCAUAAUCCAAAUCCAGGAUUUUAAAAAUUGAUUGCAUGAGUUACCCCAAUUGCAAAUACAACUCAAAAAGUUAUGAACAGAGUUUUAUGAGAAUUUUACCAGUCUUAGCCUAACUUUAAUUCCAUUAUUGCCUUGGUGGAGGUAUGUGUUCUGUGCUUCUAGUUGUGCAUUGGCUUGUAUUUUUAUGUAUUUAUCUAUUUAUUUAUUUUUAUUAUUUUUAUUUUUAGAGGCUUCAUUUACCUUUUAUAGAGAAUGAAAGAAGUAGAUUCGUUUACGUCAGGUGCAAGAAUAUUUUUUCCCUAAAAUUCCCGUAUGAUAGACAGGCCAGGGUCAGAUAGUCAUUUUUACUGACCUUAACUGGUCCAAGUAAGGCAGGCCAGGCCAGUCUGCAUAAUGUUAGGGAAGGUGAAGAGCAGUAUUGUAGACUACAUCAUUUCUACUUCCUUGUAUGACCAAUAUGUGAAAAAAAUUACGUAUAGUUUCAGAAAAUUGUAUGUUAUGCAUCAGAUUUUUUUUCUUUUCAUACCAUCUUUUGAUAAUGGUAAAGUGUUAAAAGUUGUAAUGAAACCCAUAUAUACAGGCA